CAUCCAACUGCCCUUUCUCUCCGAGCUCGAGCCCGACAGUCCAAAGUGUAAAGUCGCGCGAGCUCAAACCGAAGACGAGGAAAAGUGCUUUCUACAGGCGGAGUGACGCGCGCGCACAUGUACACGCUCAGCGGCGGGUCAGCGAAGACGCCCGGGAUCGAACAUCCGAACAUGGAGCGGGAGUCCCGGCUGUGACGGGGAUGGGAGGUCUGCUGGCGCCGCGGCUGCUGCUCUGGAGCUGCCUGCUGUCCGCGGGCUCGGGGUCUCCACUCCUUCUUUUUGCCAACCGGAGAGAUGUUCGUCUGGUCGAUGGAGAGGGCGUCCGCGGGGAGUCGGCCAUUGUUGUUAGUGAUUUGGAAGAUGCAGCAGCUGUAGACUUCUUUUUUGAGGAGGGCCUGAUAUUCUGGACGGACGUCAGCGAGGAGGCCAUCAAACAAACACGCUGGAACCAGUCAUCCAACUCCCUGAAGGAGUCUCUGGGGACCGAUCAGACUGUGGUGGUGCCGGGCUUGGACAGUCCUGAUGGGCUCGCCUGUGACUGGUUGAGUAAAAAACUUUACUGGACGGACUCUGAGACCAACCGCAUUGAAGUGGCAAACCUCGAUGGCUCCUCCAGGAAGGUCCUCUUUUGGAUGGACUUGGACCAGCCCAGGGCAAUCGCCCUCAACCCGGCACAACGAUACAUGUACUGGACGGACUGGGGGGAGGAGCCCAGGAUCGAGCGUGCCGGCAUGGACGGCAGGAGAAGAGAGGUGAUCAUCAAUGAAGACAUUUUCUGGCCAAAUGGCCUCACCGUUGACCUGGAGGAGCAGAAACUGUACUGGGCCGAUGCCAAGCUGAGCUUCAUCCACAGAGCCAACCUGGAUGGAUCUGCACGUGAGACCGUGGUGGAGGGCACCCUGACGCAUCCUUUUGCACUGACGCUGUCAAACGAGACUCUGUUCUGGACGGACUGGCAGACCCACUCCAUCCACGCCUGCAACAAACACAGAGGAGACAAAACGCGAGAGAUCCUGGGCGGGAUUUACUCUCCCAUGGGCAUCCAGGUUCUGGAGUCGUACCGACAGCCUUACAUCCGGACCCCCUGCAGUGACAACAAUGGAGGCUGCAGUCAUCUGUGCCUGCUCUCACCAGUGCCGCCUUUCUACAGCUGCACCUGCCCCACGGGGGUCCAGCUCAGAGCGGAUGGAAAGACAUGCAAGCCAGGGGCGGAGCAGGUUCUGUUGCUGGCUCGACGUACGGACCUGAGAAGAAUCUCGCUUGACUUGCCAGACUUCACUGACAUAGUGCUGCAGGUUGAUGGGAUCCGCCAUGCCAUAGCUAUAGACUAUGACCCUGUUGAAGGGUACGUGUACUGGACGGACGAUGAGGUUCGAGCCAUCCGACGAUCCCGCCUGGAUGGCAGCAAUGCCGUGAUGCUGGUCACUACAGAGAUCAACCACCCAGAUGGCAUCGCAGUGGACUGGGUGUCCAGGAACCUUUACUGGACUGACACCGGCACCGAUCGCAUUGAGGUCACAAGGCUCAAUGGAACCUCUCGGAAAAUUCUGAUUUCUGAGAACUUGGAUGAACCCAGAGCCAUCGUGCUGGAUCCUGUGAAUGGUUACAUGUUCUGGUCCGACUGGGGGGAGCGUCCCAAAAUUGAGCGUGCCAACCUGGAUGGAACAGACCGGAUGGUCCUGCUGAACACCUCUCUGGGCUGGCCCAAUGGAUUAGCUUUGGACUACGCUACAGGAAAGCUGUACUGGGGAGAUGCGAAAACAGACAAAAUAGAGGUGAUCAGUGUGGAUGGGACGGGCAGAAAGACUCUGCUGGAGGACAAGCUGCCUCAUAUCUUUGGUUUCACUCUCCUGGGGGAUUACAUCUACUGGACUGACUGGCAGAGACGAAGCAUUGAGAGGGUUCACAAAGCUACAGCUGUGAGAGAAAUCAUCAUCGACCAGCUGCCAGACCUGAUGGGGCUGAAGGCGACCAAAGUCACAGAAACACACGGUACAAACGGCUGUGCGGUGGAAAACGGCGGCUGCAGCCAUCUGUGUUUCUGGCGGCGGCGGGCGGUCAGCUGUGCCUGUCCCAUGGGGAUGGAGCUCCUCCCAGACCUGCAGACCUGCGUGGUGCCAGAGGCCUUCCUUCUAUUCACAAACAGGGACAGCAUCAGGAGCAUCUCUUUGGGAACAAACAGCAACGAUGUGGCCAUUCCUCUGACAGGAAUCAAGGAAGCCUCUGCUCUUGAUUUUGAUGUCUCUGAAAGGAGAAUAUAUUGGACCGACAUCCAGGCUAAGACGAUCAGCAGAGCGUACAUGAACGGCAGUUCUGUUGAACACGUCAUUGAGUUUGGACUUGAUUACCCAGAAGGCAUGGCGGUUGACUGGAUGGGUCAUAACAUCUACUGGGCAGACACUGGUACCAAUCGCAUUGAGGUGGCCCGCCUGGACGGUCAGUACCGGCAGGUUCUGGUCUGUAAAGAUCUGGAUAAUCCACGUUCUCUGGACAACCCGCGCUCGCUAGCACUGGACCCGGCCAACGGGUUCAUGUACUGGACCGAAUGGGGGGGUCUGCCCCGCAUAGCCAGAGCCUACAUGGAUGGCAGCACCAUCACAACGCUGGUGGAAAAGGUGGGCCGUGCUAACGGGCUGACCAUCGACUACGUCGACCAUCGACUCUACUGGACCGACCUGGACACGUACAUGAUCGAAAGCUCCAACAUGCAGGGCCUCCAGCGGGAGAUUGUGGUGGACGACCUCCCUCACCCGUUCGGCCUCACUCAGUACAAAGACUUCAUCUACUGGACAGACUUCAACCUGCGCACCAUUGAGCGAGCAGACAAGCGGGGGGGGCUCAACCGCACCGUGAUUCUAAAGGGUCAGCUGGAGCUGAUGAUGGACAUCCUGGUCUUCCACUCUUCCCGUCAGGACGGCACCAACGAGUGUUCGCAAAACAAUGGCGACUGUGCCCACCUGUGCCUGGCCACGCCCGCCGGUGCCCAAUGCCGCUGUGCCUCCCACUACACCCUGAACUCCGACGGCAGAAACUGCAGCUCUCCAUCCAGCUUCCUGCUUUUCACUCAGAAGAACAGCAUCAGCAGGAUGGUUCUGGGGGAGCAGAGUCCCGACAUCAUUCUGCCCAUUCACGUGGUGAAGGCCCGAGCGGUCCGUUACGACCCGCUGGACCGCCUCAUCUACUGGCUGGACGGACGGCAGAACAUACGGAGGGCCAGAGACGACGGCGCCAUGUCCUCAGUGAUGGUAACCGGCACAGCUCAGCCGGUGGAGAACCAGCUUCACGACCUGAGCCUGGACCCCUACAGCCGCCACGUUUACUGGACCUGUGAGAACACCAACACCAUCAACGUUCAGAGGAUGGACGGCCACAUCGUCGGCGUGGUUGUUAAGGACGACACGGACAAGCCGAGGGCCAUCGUGGUCAACGCCGAGAGGGGGUACAUGUACUUCACCACAGUGCAGGAGCGCUCAGCCAAGAUCGAAGGAGCGAGUCUGGACGGAACCGAACGGGAGUCUUUGUUCACCACCGGUCUGAUCCGACCCGUCGCUCUGGCGCUGGACAACAAGCUGGGGAAACUGUUCUGGGUCGAUGCUGACCUCAAACGCAUCGAGAGCAGCGACCUGACAGGAGCCAACCGCGUGGUCCUGCAGGACUCUAACAUCCUGCAGCCGAUGGGCCUGACGGUUCUGGGAGAACAUCUGUACUGGAUUGACCGGCAGCAGCAGAUGAUUGAACGGGUGGAUAAGCUGACAGGAGACAGGCGGACGCGGGUUCAGGGGCGCAUAUCCUUCCUGACAUCCAUCCAUGCUGUGGAGAAGAUGGACCCCCGGGAGUUUGAAUUACACCCUUGUGCCCGUAACAACGGGGGCUGCUCUCACAUCUGCAUUGCAAAAGGCGACGGGACCCCCCGCUGCUCCUGUCCAAUCCACCUGGUUCUGGCUUCAGACCUGCUGCGCUGUGGAGAGCCCCCCACCUGCUCCCCAGAGCAGUUCACCUGCUCCACGGGCGACAUCGACUGCAUCCCUCUGGCGUGGCGCUGUGACGGUUUCCCUGAGUGUGAGGACGGCAGCGAUGAAGACAACUGCCCCGUCUGCUCAGUGUCCCACUUCCAGUGUGACGAAGGCAGCUGCAUCGACGCUCACAAACGCUGCGAUGGAGAGGCGGACUGCGCCGACAAGUCUGACGAGCACGACUGUGAAGUCAUCUGCUCCCCUGGCGAGUUUCGAUGUGGUGAUAACCAGUGCAUCACUAAGAAGCAGCGUUGUGACGGAUACUCAGACUGUCCCGAUGGCCUGGACGAGCUGGCCUGUGACCACGCCCCCCCUCCUUCGACUUUCAACCACGACCCUAAACCCAUCAUCCCCGUCAUUGCAAUCAUGCUGCUAGUGUUUGUGAUUGGGGGGGUUUACUUCGCCUGCCAGCGUGUGGAGUGGCGCUGCUAUAAGGGCCCCAACGGGACCUUCCCUCGCGAUUACAUCAGCGGGACCCCUCACGUUCCCCUCAACUUCAUUGCCCCCAGCGGCUCUCAGCACGGCACUUUUCAAGGUAUCUCGUGCGGGAAGUCCAUAAUGAGCUCAGUCAGCCUGAUGGGCAGCAGCAGCAGCGGGGCGCCUCUGUACGACAGGAACCAUGUGACCGGAGCGUCCUCCAGCAGCUCCUCCUCCACCAAAGGAGCCUACUACCCUCAGAUUCUGAACCCGCCGCCCUCUCCAGCCACCGAUCGGUCCCUCUACAACACUGAGAUCUACUCGUCCAACAGCCCAUCCACCACCAGGUCAUACAGACCAUAUCACGCCAUCCGUGGUGCGGCCCCGCCCACCACGCCCUGCAGCACAGACGUCUGCGACAGCGAUUACACCCCCCACCACCUCUCUGCGGGGCUGCCGCCCUCAGCGGGCCGCUGGAAGGCAUCGGCCCACAAUGGCAAACACAACAAGUACUACAUGGACCUGAACUCAGACUCUGACCCGUACCCCCCGCCCCCCACACCCCGCUCCCAGUACAUGUCUGCGGAGGAAAGCUGCCCGCCGUCCCCCUCCACCGAACGCUCCUACUUCCACCUGUGCCCCCCACCCCCGUCCCCCUGCACCGACUCCUCAUGACCCCUCUGCAGUCGGGGAAUUCUGUGAGGAAACAAAGGGAAGAGGCCCCUCCCCCUGUGCAUUUUUAACACUUGUGCCAAUGUGCAGCUUCACCUCGCUGCUUCAUUCAAACUGCUCUGGUUCUGGUCCCGCCUCCCACCAUUCCAGUUGCUCCCGAGUCUCCACCAGCAGGACUUCCAGCCUUCACUGCCUGUUCUCCACAUUUUAUUUGAAGCUACGAGAGAGCCAAAACACCCCCAGUCCCAGUCAAGCCAGGCUCAGAAACCCAGAAGGGAUUGAUGGAGGACUGGCUGUACAGGCCAGAGCCUGCAGCCUGAUUGGAUGUUGGACUGGGACGGGUGCAGCAGGAGAACGGCGUGCACGAAGGCGAGCGUGGGAGGGAGGAAGGAGACGCUGAACGUGAACUGACCGCUGUCUCGUUCUCCUCUUCAUCGUCCUGUUUACCUAAUAUGCUGCUAUUAUGGAUGGCAGAGACUCCGCCUCCUGACUCCGCCUCCUGAAGCUUCACACCCUGCUCAUGUUGUCAGUUCUUCUUUCCUUGCUGACACUUUUCCUUCGGAGUCUCAGCCGCUCUCAAAGUGGGAGGGGCUUUUAGAUCUAAAGUGCCAUGUCCCGUCAACAGCCCCCCCCCCAAUGAAAACGCACACAGACUUUGUCACGCUUGUGGUGGACGUGAUGUUCGGAGUAACGGGACACAGAGCCACUGGUGCUGACGUUAUUAAAGCCAUAGAGACUGACUCACCUUUGACCAUCGCUGCCUCGGCCUGAAGACCCCCCCCCCCCAAAGAGAAGGACGCACUUCCUCACCGCUGAACCUCUGCUGUGUUCGCGGGUUGGCUCCGCCCCCAGCAGAGGACGCUCCGCCUCACGCCACACCUCUGGAGCAUCCAGGUCCUCCUGAAAAACUUCUGAACCACAUUUCUGCUCCACUUCUGUCUCCAUUCCAACAUGGCGAUGGUCGGGUCAUGAAAGAACGGGGGCACGGGGGCCAGAUACCCGGAUGUUCAGGAACUGAACGUGAAAUGAAGCAGAGUGUCGUGGAGUUUGAGGGUUGAGGAGUCCGUCGGACAAACGGCUCCUCUUCCUCCUUCACAUCAGAAGCUGUGAUGGAUCCUGAAUCGGACUCUGCACAUCACUGCCACCUUCUGGCUUUGGUCACUUAUAUCCAGCAGUUGAGAUUUUAUUCAACAUUUACUGAGACUUUGAUUUCCAUUGAUGCCAGUUUGAACUCGUGAAAAUUUUCCUCCAUGUUUGGUGGUCUAAACACAGCCAUGAUCUCUCAUUCCUUCACCAAAGCCGACAUGAACCACUGCACCAGUGAAAAGCCUGUUUGCUGUCUCAGCUUUCUUAAAGUGACAGAUUUUGUAUCAAAAGCAUUUUUAUAUAAUAAAGGUUUUAUUUUAAGGAAGCUUGAGUUAUUUUUCAUUUUUGUCAGAUAGUGAUGAGCUACCGUUGAGAGUUGACAACGAUAUAAAAGUGGAAUAUAAUUCA